AUGAGCGAUCCUUGCUCCUUUUCCGCUCCAAGUGAGUGUGAAUGCACUCACAUCAAUUGGUUCGUGAACGUGUUGUUCGAGAAACACAUCCUCGACUGCCGCGCAGAGCUGGAAUUUGAGGUGAAAAAGAACAACGUCGAAAAGCUGGUGAGUAUGGUGCUCGUCUUUGACUGCGCGCUAUUGAUCAUCAGGUCUUCUUGUCCCCAGAGGAGAAAAAUAAUAAUUAUAGCUAAAUUUAAAAUUAUUCUAAGAUGUCUAUUCAGGAACUCCCCUUAAAUGAAAAGCACAGUCAGUAACUGCUGAAAACUGAAAAACUCCAAAUGUACUUACGGUCAGGAAGCUUUAUACAGCUGUAAAGUGUUUCCCAAAAGAAAUGCCCUGGGGGUGAUACGAGUAAGUUUGACCAGUGCUUUAUUGAAAGGCCUUUUCGAAAUUGAAAUUCUUUAUUCAUAUGUUGGCUCAUAUAGUUUGUUACAUGAUGUUUGACAAGUGUACACGUGUACAGUGAAGUCUUGCUCUCCAACCAAGAAAGUGCCCCCCACCCCCCUUCCCCGCCACCCCCACCUCACCUGGCCUGUUGUAUCCAUGGCUCAUUGUGGAGGCCAUGUUAGAGUGAACAGCGACAUAGGACAGCAGAAAUGUGGAGAAACGAUUCAAACAUGGGUAGAAACUGUGACAGCAACAAAGAAAAUCCCAAAUACAUUUAUGAUAAAAUAAAAACAGCAAAAUGGCUUCCCUCCCUAAUAUGCAAAACAACAGGUUUUGUAAUUCAGACUAGGGAUAUUCUUAGCCACCCAGGAGGGCCCCAUUCAUGCUACAAGGAUUUUUUAUGUAACAUCAUUUCUUGAAGGAUGUGGGAGUGAAUGCCGCUUAUGCUUAGAUUAACUGAACUGGACGUACGCAUAUUUACUUAUUCAUUUUAGCAUCCGAGCUCAUAUAUGCAUUUAGUUUUUAUAUUGUAAAAUUAGAACUUAGCUUCAAAGUGUUAAAGAGUAAAUUUAGAACUUAGUUUUAAAGUGUAAAAGAGUACUUAGCUUGAAUAGUGUUAAUUUCUGGCUUUUUUUAUAUGUUUUAUAGUAUUUAAUUAGUUUCUUUUAAUAAUGUAAUUUAGUUUUAAAGGUGCCCCCAAUUAGUGCCAAUAGGCACUAGAACGAUUAGACACUUUAAUAAAGGUUAUGUAUGUAUAAUGUAUGUAAAUAGCCAGCUCUGAAUGUAGCAAUAUUCCCAUUACAUGCUUAAUGUAAUUACUUGUCCCUUUAGAGACAGAUCACAAGCUUGCUUACUAAGAAAUUAAGAGUAUCACCUUUGCUGUGUUUUAUUUUUCAGGUUCUUGAUACUCGUGAUUUAACCAUCAGUCAAGUUACAAAUGAUGCAGGAGAGAUCUUGAAACAUAGCCUUGGUGAUGAGCACCAGGCAUUUGGAAAACCACUAAACAUUGAGUUACCUAAAGGCCUGAAAAGGUAAAAGUUUCCUUGUUAUCAUUCCUGCUAUACGUACCUGCUGUAGUUACAAGUUUUACAUCAAAAAAGCAUUCAUUAUAAUGGGGUUUAUUUUAUUGGGGUCAUGUCUUUUCCUGGGGUGUGGCAGUGGUUAAAGUACUUCUCAGCCUUCCAGUGCAUGCUGUCAGCCUUUUCUGUUAAAAUAUAUCUGUGUAGUUCUUAUCUCAGCCGGCGCGAUUGCAAACCAAGACGUUAUGUUACAAUGAGAGAUAAGGACGAGAUGACAAAAGACGGACUGCGAACACUUUUGUAGUAAACAAACCCUCCGUCAGCCCAGAAAUGGAGUAGCUGAUUGGUCAAUUUUACAGCUGUUGACAGAUCAUUGACUGGUCUGUCAUGAGAUUGCAAGCGAUAAAAAUAGUCACACGUCAUAACUAACUACAAAAAAUAACGAACCAAUUCAAGCUGUAAAAGAAAAAUAAGAGACUGCUCGCAGUCUACCUUCUGCCAAUGUGGCCUGGACUUAAAGCCCUGGCAGAGGCAAUGUCAUAAAAAUAUGUGAGUUGAGUUCCCUAGGUAGUUCAGGGUACUCCAGUUUUCCACUCUCCUGAAAACCAACAUGAUUUGUAAAAUGGUAGACAAGAAACCACACCAUAGAUGUGCCACCCAUAAAACAUUAUUUACUCUUUUCUGUGUAUCUUUUAAUUUUUGCCUUUAGUGGUUGCAAGGUGGUAAUCAAGAUUAGUUACCAGACUUCCUCAACUGCAUCGGCUGCACAAUGGCUUACUCCUGAACAGACUGCUGGGAAAAAGUAUCCCUACUUCUUCACUCAGUGUCAGGUGAGGAUAAAAAAAAAUAUGAUAAUAAAUAAAUUAUCUUAAAACUUUUGCAAAUUUCGAAUUUUGAUGUUUGAACUGUUAUCUUUCUUUUACAGGCAAUCCAUGCUCGUAGUCUUAUCCCAUGUCAAGACACACCCUCUGUAAAGACAUCAUAUCAAGCAGAGGUAGGCUAGUUUGGAUUUUACAAGACUAUAUCUUUUUCAAAACAAAAAAAUGCUGUCUGGUUAGCUCAGUUAGAUUUGUGCCAGUGUGCCAAGCAAGAAACUAUGGGUUCAAUCCCUGGACCAAUCUGAGGAGAAAGCGCUGCCUUUGUAAUUUCAUCUGCAAGUGGCUAGACAAGUCUUCUUUAGGAUGAAAAACUGUAGGCCCCAUCUCGUGGCCCUUGUUCUCAUAAAAUCUGGUGGAAUGUUAAAGGACCCAAUACACACUGUCUUUUGGUAAAGAGCAGGGUAUGCAUUCCCUUGUGUGGUGUUCUAUCUCAAAUUCACUUUUACAGGGGAAAAGUUCACAAACCAUUACUUACAGUGUAACAAUAAUAAUUAUAAACUGCACUAUAUUAGUAGCCUAGCCAGUAGCUAAGGGCCAACCAGGGCGCAGUAACACUAUCCAAUCAAUAAAUCUCUAUCCAGUGAAUAACACAAUUGUUUUCCCUGAUACUUAUCUACUAGAUAGUGAUUUGCUUGGUAGGGGCGGGGGGAGUGGUUAGAGGGAGGGAACUUCUCCGAAAGCAAAGUAUAUCCUUUCAGAAAAGGGAAGAGGCAAAUUAACCAUCUUACCCUGCAAUAUACAAUUUAUCAAUAGAAAACUCUGCAUUAAUUGUGCGGGAACAUAAAUAGAAUGUUGUCUCUAUUAAAAGGUGACAGUUCCUAAGGAUCUUGUUGCUCUGAUGAGUGCAGUAGGAACAGGGAGCUCUGUACAUACACAGAAUCCUGAUUUGAUGGUGUUUACAUUCACUCAAAAGGUAUUUUACAUACAUAUGCAUUUCAAGCGUCCUAAUCACAGGCUCUUAUAUUGCCACGGCCUAGUGGUAAUGUAAAAGAGGUUUCCUUCGAAUGGUCACACUAUAGGAUUUCACCUAAUGUGAACCAACCUGUACAGUACUGAUAGGAUACUGGAGGCCUGGCCCAAAAGGGUACCUUUUUUGACUUCAAGAAUGAGAAAGGGAAGAAAUUUCAGCAGAAAAUCUGUCAUUUUGGUCUGUGAACAUUAUAAAGCCCAAAAGGGUUAACAGAAGAAUUUUAUAGCUGUGAAAAAGUAGGAGAAAAUGUUCUGGUGUCGUGAUUUAUUCACAUUUAAAAUAAUAAUAGUGCAUUAACACACGGUGGUUAUAAGGCAUGCAAAGUUCUAAACUCGAGGUAUGUGAUCGUGAAAGGGGUAUACCAUUUUGUCAACAAUUGAAGGUAUUAUGAAAGGGGUACCUUUUCUGCCAAGAAUAGUAUAUACUAGAAGGCUAGGGGGUUGGACCUUUGGGUGCAGCCUCCCUGUAUUAAACUUUUUUGAGUUCCUCUUGGUUUACUAUCAUCACAAGUUACAUCCCUAUCACAUCUUAGUCUAGUUUCAUUAUUGUGAGAUAGGUAAAAAGGGGAGCUGAUAAUCAAAAGGAAAGAGAUUUUAUAUAACCUCCCUUUUCAUUUCUCUAUACAGGUUGUUAUUCCAAGCUACUUGAUCGCCCUUGUUGUUGGUCCUCUAGUCAGUCAGUGAGUAAAAUAUAUACAUAAAUACUUUCACCCCUAAUGGUGACCUAAAAAAAUUCAAAUUUUGUUUGGUGAAAUCCUAAGAAAUAAACAACACUUUGAAAGAGUCCUGGCAAAGAAGUUUCAUUUGAAAAGUAAAACCACUGGAUUUCGUUCUUAGAUGAAAAAAAUUGCAAUGACAAAAUUAAAAAUCUCUUCCUAACAUGGUAUUGGAAUGAUCAAAUGGGUAACAUUUGCUAUCAUUGCUAUAUUGUACAUGUACGUUAAUUAAUGAUCCAGGUAAGGUGGAUAUAUAGCAAUUUCUUUUGUUAUGCGGCAACGGUGCUUUCCCCACGUAGGAAUGUUCUCAUUUUUACAUAGAGAAUGCAUAAACCUACACGAAGGCCGUUUAGGCAAUACAAUGCAUUUACACUCCACUUUGAAAGGGUGUUUUUUUGUGUUAAAAGAUUUUGACCAAUCACAAGAGUUGAAAACAAUAGCGAAGAAAAGUUUACAAUAAUUUUGCAUGUUCCCCACAUAGGAUUUCUUUGUUAUUCAAACUGAGACCAGAUUUUGUUAUAUGGAAGACGGUUGGAAAGUAAGGAUGAACAUAUGUACCGCUUUACGAAGUUUUGGUUAACUUUUGCUGUUUAAGCCAAUCAGAAGUAAGUACAGACAAUAGAAAAGUUAGCACCUUUUUUUGCAUUCCAACAUGUUCAUUGCCGUUGUCGCUAUUGUUCUUUCUUAAUAGUUAUUGCAUGUAUGCACCGUGGGAUUUGAAGCAAAUAAAUCCUUAUUUUUCAGGCAAGUUGGUCCUCGUUCCAAGGUGUGGACAGAAAGAGAAAUGCUUGAAAUCAGUGCAUGGGAGUUUGCAGAGGUGAGCCCUUUUGCCCUAUGGACUCUUUUAGGAAAAAAAACAUGCAGUAGCAAAAUUGUUAAAUAACAGUAAAGUCAAUGACAUUGUCCGACUACACCUUAUUUGACAGAACUCUAAUCUGCAGGUUUCCCUGUGAUUACAUGUACUGCCUUGUUCCUUGGAUGCAUGCCAUGAAUUAUUUUGCAUCUUGGGGAUUUUUAUGCAUCAGGGCUGCAGGACACACUGGUAUCAAAAUCACUGAGGGCAUGUUAUUUUAUUUGCUUAACUGGCAGGUUGAGUCUCAGCUGGCUGUUGCUGAAGAGAUAACAUUUCCAUAUGUCUGGGGAACAUAUGACCUGUUGAUUCUACCACCAUCAUUUCCAUAUGGAGGAAUGGAGAAUCCCUGCCUUACUUUUGUAACACCGACAUUGUUGGUUGGAGAGGGGGUAAGAUGUUUGUCAAUCAACAUAAUGUUGUACUGACUGUGUGUCACCAACUUCUCUGUGUAAAGAGUUUAUGACUGAAUAUUGCUAUUGAGUAUUAUCACUGGUAAUAUCAUUGUUAUCAUUAUCUUUUUCUUUCCUGCAGGGUGGAAGACCUCUCACUGAUGUAAGUUAUGUUGUUGUUAUUAUCUUUUCUUUUUUCUGCAUAUUUAGGUAUUCCUCAUUCUUUGAGCGGUCCUUUUGCCUUCCCCCGGGGGAGGGGGAGGAAGGUGGGGUGACUCCCUAUAAUGGCCUAUACAUACAUGUACAUGUAAGCUCCGCACGAAAGGGGUACUAUUUUCAGGCUUCAGUUAUAUGAGCCUCUCCGUAUAAUUUUUUUUGAAGUAUCCCCCGGGUGUCUUCCUAAAUGAGAAAGAGAAAAGGAGGCUCUGCGUGAACUGUGACAAGCCUUUGAAGUCUGCGGGGCUUGAACUUUUGCACGAGUGUGAGCAUCCAUUGAUAAACCAAUGGUCAUGACUGAGCCUGCUAUACAAGAGGCACGGCUGGGCUAGAAACUGUAUCCCAGCUACAAGCGGUACAUGCUCAACAAUAGUCUGAAAUGUUAUCCGUUUCUUCGUCCCUCGCCCUACCCCCCUUAAUGAGUGGCAAGAGAUAGCCUCUUUCGCCAUGGAGGAGACAGAUGACAUUUCAGACUUCCUCAACAAAGACAUUACUCGAUUCAUGUAGAAGUCUUUUUCGUGUACUCCAAAAUCGAGCAUGUAGAAAACGGUUUUGUUAGCAUGGUGGAGAUACCCUUUAAUGGUGCAACGAUAAACCGCCUUUUAUUGAAAUUCCACAAGGGAAACCUGGGAGCUUUGGAGUGACUUGUAUUUCACAGGUUUCUUCAAGGCGACACGGUGAAAAAAAAAUUGAUAUAUAUAUGCACAUAAGUUUUUUUUCUCACUUAUCAGGUAGUGGCUCAUGAGAUAUCCCACAGUUGGACUGGAAAUCUCGUGACUACUAAAACCUGGGAGCACUUUUGGUAUGUAAGUGUGGCCGAGUCCGUCCACGUCAGUUUGUACAUUGUACUACAUUAAAUAUUACAGUCAGCUCUCGGUUCCAGGUAAUUUCGCCCGUACCUCCAUUCGCCCGUUAGGAGAGAAUUGUAGAGAUUGUCCAUGCGUUGAAGUUGUAAGCAUGUGAAGGGGGGGGGGGGGGGGGGGCAAAACCGCGGGGGGAAAGGGAAGGGGGGGGUGAGAAGGGGGGGGUAAAACGGGGGGGGGGGGGGUGGGAAAAGGGGGGGGGGGAAAGGGGGGAGGGGAGGAAAAGGAGAGAGGGGGGGGCGGUAAAAGGAAUUAGGGGGGGGGGGGGGGGGGGGGGGGGGGGGGGGGGGGGGGGGGGGGGGGGGGCCAACGACGCGCUGUGAACGUGAACGGAAGUGUUAGAGAAGGGAGUUAACCUAGGAGCGAGGUGUCUGUGAAACGAGGUGACUGUAAAGUGGGAUGAGCAUGAAAUGAGAAGCGAGGUGACCGUUAAGCGAUAUGAUCGUGAAGCGAGAUGAGCGUGAGGAAGUGACAUGAUUCAGCUUUAAUUCGGAGCCCUCCAAAAACAUUAAUUUACAAUUAAUAAUAUUUAGAAAUAAAAGUUAUUUAGAAAUUACCUCCUGACAUACUUGUUUCCGUGCAGGUUAAACGAAGGGUUCACAGUCUUUCUAGAGCGCAAAAUUCUGGGCCGAAGAAAGGGAGAAAAGAUGGUCGAUUUUGCUUACAUAGGUAAGGGGAAGCAUAAAGUUAACUUUGUGAAUUCAAUAUUCGUAUGAAGUUUAUGUCCGUUUAAUAAAUGUGACUUUUCUAAAGAGCGUUUUACCUGAUGCUGGUAUGUAGGACUUUUAGACUUAGUGUGAUGUUAUGCUGUUCUGAGGGAUUUGCUCUUUUGGCUUUGCAUUCGUUUACAUGUUGACGAAUACUCAUUUGUAGUAAACUAAACUCAGAGUUUUAGGAAACGGCCGAAUCCACAUAGUUUCAGGUUCUUCCUUUAUAUGCUACAUAUUUUGGUGUUAGUUCAUGUGCUUUCUAGAAGUCAUCAUGUGCAAAUGACGGCAUUUUUGAGAAUCAUUAUUUAGGAUUCAAAGUGUUAUUGUCUAACCUUAUUGGCUCACUGCACGAAUAUCUUUUACGAAUAUCUUCAUAUUUUUUUCUUGGAAAAGAAGGCAGGGCAUUUUGAAGAAAUGAUCAAAUCGUUUUUUUCUUUUUAAUAGGUGGUUGGAAAACACUGAAGGAUGCAGUAAGUUAAUAAUAGUUUGCAUGUUCGUCAAAAUAUAGCUAAUAUUAUUAAUAAUAAUGACAAUUAUGGUGAUAACGUUAAUAAUACUUUAUAGCUCUUAUGGCAAAGUUUUGAUGACUGGAUCACCAUAACAAAAUAGUUGAACCUGAAAAAAUGUGCACGCGGCAAUCCUGAAAGGUAAUAUGGGAUAUGAUCAGUACACUGUUCCUGACACUGUAGCUGUCAAACCUGCUUUUGUUGCUUUCCUUUAGCACUCACAGACAUAUGUCCAUGGCCUCUCGUGCCAUUCUUUCAAAUUUGAAAAACAGUGAACUCAAAAACAACCCACAAUACCUUUCGGGGUUGUCGCGGGCACUUUACGGACACCUACUUUAUAUAAACACUAGGUCGUAGUCCCAGGGACAUACAAAUACAGUCCAGGCCAGAACUAAGCGAACCACAAUAUACGCGUAAUAUGCGUCAGGCCGGACACAUCCAUGCCUUUGAGCUGACGAACAUAUGCGUCUGCUCUGAAAUGUGUCAGUGCACAUUAAGACGCAUUAGUAUGUAUUAGCUAUCUCUUUGUUUAGAAGUAAUGUUUGCAGUCGGUAAAAAGUCAACAAGAAUCAAACGGAUUGGCAACAAACACUCAAACAAUUCCCUUAAACGGGUAUUUCUCCUAAGCGGACAUCAAUUUUGUGGUCGCUAAAAUGUCCUUACUGGAGGCUCGAUUAUACUUGUUUGUUUAGCUUGCUAACGACUCUUAGUCUAAGCUCUCUUUCAUCUUUUUAUGAACAGCUGAAGCAGUUUCCAGAUAACAGCCCCAAGACACAGCUUGUAGUGGACCUUAAGGACACGGAUCCUGAUGAUGCAUUCUCUAGUGUGCCUUACGAAAAAGGCUCCUGCUUUUUAUACUACUUGGAAAAGAUCCUCGGAGGACCAGGUUAGAUGUUAACAAAAUAACAUUAUAACAUGUAUUAAUACUAAAGGAAUAUCACGUUUAAUACUAACCUAAUAAGAAAUAAAGAAUUAUGUUUAAGGUUUGUUAUGGCAUCCGGGAAAAUUUGUAGUCAUGGCGUUUUUUGAACCGUUGAUUCUCAUGGAUUUAAAAUGUCGUUGUUGUUUUUGUUUUUUGCUUUGUUUUCUUUGUUUGCUUGUUUGCCUUUAUUUUGUACAUGUAUAGUUUUUGUUUUCAUUCGUUUUUUUUUCUAUGAUAAUGGUACCAUAAAAACUGAAUAUAUUUUCAAUGUUUUACAAAGCAUGUGCCUCGUAAUUAUUAUUUCUUUAUCCAAAUUUUAUCGCAAAUUUCACAUGUUCUCCUACAAUGAUUUUUUUAACCAAUACUAUUGGGGUUGGAUAACAUAUAGAUGUGUAGUGAGAGUAACUGGCAGUAUUUUGAACCAGUUAGAUACUUAAAUAUCUCCAUGAUUGUUCUCACUUUAUGCAUUGCGCGCGAACUCUACUUUUUACCUCAAGGAGUUAUUCUUUUCUGAUUCAUUCAUUUAUCGUUGCAGGGGUUUUUGAACCUUUUCUCAAGAAAUAUUUGGAAAAAUACCAGUAUCAAACUGUUACAACAGAUGAUUGGAAAGAAUGCCUGGAGGAGUAUUUCCAUGAUAAGGUGAUGACAAAAAUUCUCUUAGAACCUCUCAAUUUCGUUAAUAAGUCGAAAUGCAAAUGCAAUAGAAUUCAACAGCCUGCUUUUUAGGAGAUUUUCGGGUGUGGUUUUCGUUGGUUCUUCAUAAAGUAAGAGAUUCGGCUGCGCUAAAGCUAAGCGAGGUCAAACGGGAAAACAUGGGGGAGGAGGCGAAGUAAAGGAGGCAGAGGCAACACCCGCAGUUCUCUCACUGCCUUCUUACUCUCUCUCCCCGCCCUCCUCUUAGGUUUAGCUUUGAGAUCGGUUCAGCUUUCGUGCAGCCGUGUCUCUAAACUUCUCGAAACACAAACGAAAAACACCCAACAAAACCGCCGGUGAUACGGUUAGAUAAUCAGUUGAGAACUCAUCGUUUUGCCUCCUUAUUUUUCGUAAUGGAAUCAUUUUGUUUGAGUAAAAUAAAAUACGGGGAAUCACGUUUCAUCACAAUGAGAGACACCUCGAAGUGCAUCUAAAAUAUUCUGUUGGCUACGCGCCAACCUUGCAGCCACAAUGACUUAGGCAAUGAAGACGUUGCUUAAUAAUGAUAAUGAAUAAAACUAAUAAUCGUCUUUUGCCGAUUUUUGCUCCCGAUUUGGUAUUUUAUGGCCACAUUUGGUUGUUUUAUGCUCCAAAGUAGAUUUUCUCAAAAGUCCAGGUACUUUGCGUAAUUUUAUUGAGAAAAAUUUAGUUCCCUGAAUUUGUCAAAUUUCGGCGAGUUCUAGGGUAGUCGAUUUUUCAAUUAUCUUACUCGGGCUUAUAGGAAAAGGGAAAUUAGUCUCUCGGGUGUGUUCUUGUUAUCCAUAAUACGUGGCUCUAGCAGAGGACAGCAAAGAAAUAAAACAAAAGUGUGACGCACUUUUUUUCGAAUUUGUUUGUUUGUUUGUUUUAAUGAUGAUGUUAUUGCUGAUGUUGACGGAGUUGCUGCCGCCACCGUCGUUGCGUAAACUCGCUAUUUUCAACUCUCUUAUCGGACAGCUUCAAGUCCUGUGUGAUAAGUUCGUCAAAAAUUCCCUGCUACGCGCGGGUCGCACUAUCAAAAAUCUUCUUAGUGUGUGAUAUGUGGUAGGUCUCGUGGUUCAUGAAAAAAAAUGAACGGUACCUCGUACCAUUUUUGUUUGUCAUAUAUUUAAAAAGAAGUGUGUUUGUAACUUCGCUCACGUUCAACAUGCAGAAAGAUGCUUUGAAGCAGGUUGAUUGGAAAGCUUGGCUGUACACUCCUGGCAUGCCCCCUGUUGACGUGAUUAAGUGGUGAGUAAGACCAGUACAUACUGCAUUGGACAAGUUGUUCAAAGGUCAGUAAGCGUAUAUUUAGGGUAACAGUAGCCUGUGCCAGGCUCUCAGAUAGUAUAGUGCGGACGUAUUAAAACGAGCAAAGCGAAAAUAAGACGGGGGCGACUUGGGCCCCGCGCGUUUUUCGCAUUUCUUUUUACUGAACGACUUUUCACCACUAUCUCGGAGCCUGGAACAGGCUAGGGUAACAGCUACCGUGACAAGUCAUACGCUCAGUUUUCAGCUGUCCAAGGAUAGAACUAUGUCUACACUAUAGUGGAUAGCUUAUCAUACCCCUCCCCUAAGCUAACAUUUUGCCGCAACUGGGAAGUCAAGUGUUUAUGCUGGCUUAGGGGAGGGGUAGGUGGGCAGUUUCCCCGAAAUGUAUAAUGAUCCAAAAAUUCUCCAGCCCAGUAUGAAGAGUGACGCAAAAACUUAUCCGAAAGCUGUGGACACACUAUAUUGCUGUCCUCGAAGGAUCUUUAGACCAGCAUUUAGAAGCAGUUUUCUGGCCAGAAUUUGCAGUUUCAGGGCCAUUUAAAACAAAGAAUGGGUCACAAAAGUUCACUCAGUGUAUAGUUUUCAACUGAAAUUUGUGUCAUGUUAGAAACACUGGAAUAAAGUCAAAUGUUUUAACGUGCUGUUUAAAAAACGAGCAGGAGUGUAUUUUCAGGUUUUAAAAAAUGUACCUUGGCCACCCGUGAAAAAAACAAACAAACAAACACAAACUCAAAACAAAAUUGCAUAAGCAUUGUUUUCUCUUGGGAUGACUGUAAUACCCAGGAGAAGUAAAAAACCAAGGUUAUCCAAAAUUAUGGGAGGCAAACAAGGUUUAUUACUGGAGAUGCGCAAAUGGUGAAUUGACCUUUAUUAGGAGUACAGGAUUAAAGAUCUAAACACAUUGUCUUUGUUAAUUAGGUAUGACACCACUUUGACCGUUCCAUGUACCACCCUGUCUGACAGAUGGCUAAAGGUUGGUUAACCCAAAAUGUUAUUGUUUUUUACGAAUAUUAUGCAGAAUAUUUUCCGUGCUAACGCUGUUCUAGUAUAAUUCAAACCUACUUUUAAAUAUCCCCCGAUGGUUGGAAAGGAAAGGCACCAAAAUAAAUCUCACAAAAGAAUGUCCAGCCCUAUAAGGAAGGUAGUUUUCAACAUAAAUUGACGCUUAACAAAUUACUCAUUUUGACUUGACACCCAGGGACCCAGGGGAGAGAGGUACCGCCAUAUACAGUGGUAGGGGUAGAAGCUUACAGUGCUGUGAACGUUAAAGGUUCUGGUUCAUAGUUAGUCUGAGAUAGGACAGAGAUUUUUGGUGCCUGGUAUAGUGUAGCACAAUUGCAGUUGAACAUAUUCUGGAGUGCGUCAGGGGUUCCACGUUCCCAGCGGCACAGCCCCACCCAAACAUACCUAGAGUGCCCCCCGCGGACAUAACUUACAUCUUUGAUCUGAGCAGCCAAAUCAACGAUGUUGCAAACCAGCAAGGCCAGAAACUAUAGGACCAUAGCCUCCCUUCCAGACUUUCUUAGCGCUUCGCAACGCGUUAGGCGUGACCAAUAACGUCUGCGUGGGAGGCUGCCGUGACUACAGAAACAACAGUUCUACUUCUUUAGGCCUAACAUGUAUCUCAUCUUGAAUUCCUAAUAUUGCUCACAUGCAUCACAGGCCAGCGAAGGAGAUAUGGACUCAUUCUCUGCUGAUGACAUCAAGGACUUCACACCUCCGCAAGUUGUUGAAUUCCUGGCGCAGCUUGUUGACAAGGUAAAGACAGUGACCAGAAACCUGUAGAUUCGAGGACGAGAUUUGCGUUAAAUUUUUGACUUAUUCUAAAAAAACUAUACACCGCGGAAAGCUUCAUUGUACGUUUUUCCACCAGAAAAGGUAGCACUAUUAUAAUUAUUAAAGAGGGUUAAGCCCUCCCUCGAUCCAAAAAUGGCAAAACUUCUAUCACUUGAUAACUUAUUUCCGCUACUUCGAUUUUCUUGCUAAAACUCAUGACGACGGCUAUCACGUUUUCCCGCCAAAAUGACUCUGGUUCACGCGUGUGCACCACUUAUUAAUGAGAAAAUCUCGUACUCCUUGUCCUCCUCGUCUUAAGGUCUUCACAACCCCGCUUACACGGCCAUCUUGGCAAUACAGUCCAAUUUUUAUGACCCGUUUGUGGCCACGUUGACGGGGUUUCACUUCCAGGUGUUUUCAAUGUAUUUAACUAGCUUUUGCCUUUUUUCAUCUCGCGUAGACGACUACCGGGAAGCCGUUUGCCCUAACGCACCUAAAGAGGAUGGAUGAAGUUUAUGACCUCACUCCGUCAAAAAAUUCUGAAAUCAAAUUUAGGUGAGUCAGUCUCUCAACCAUUCAUUUAAGUAAGUAAUGAACCGGCUAAAUAACUAGCUAAAAAAUACUUAGUUUGAACGAAGGUGGCAGUGAAAUCAUUUUCUCUAGCAUUUAAAAGCUAACAUAGACGGAAAUGCUUAAUGUUCAUUCUAGCGUUUAGAUGUUACAUUCCCGUUUUGUAUACUAAUGACCUUCUUUCUCAUACCCUAGUAAGUGGCAUUUCUUCAUGUCCAUCAUUGCCCACCCUUUGGAGUGUAAGGUGGUGUUCUAAUAGCUCUUUCCUUGAUAUCCCCGGUUUGUUUACUGUACUCUUGUCUUAAAUUACCAUAUAAGCAUCUAAUAAUUGCUCUAGAGGGAAACAUUUGAUUUUGUUUCCUGAAGGACCAAUGUAUGAAAUUAAAUCUCAGCGAGCAGUCAACAUUCGAUCAGUAAACUGUUACCCUCUGACGUCAUAAAUGCUGCAAUGUUGUCCGCUCAGAGACUUUUAGCGGGAAACACUUUUAUUUGUUAGAUGUCGUGUGACCUCGUAGUAACCAAUGAGAGCGCGCAUAGCUAGGGAAAAAACUUCAGCUUUAUAAUGAUGGAUUUUAUAACAAUUGUUUUCCUUGUAGGUGGUUGAGACUUUGUGCAAGAAGCGCCCAUCAGGAUCGUUAUCCUGAAAUAGUGCAGUUUAUUAUCAUCCAAGGACGAAUGAAGUUCAUCAGACCAUUGUACAAGUAAGCACUGCACCCCUUACGAAUCUUCCAUUAUCCUUCUUGCAUACUUAUUAGCAUUUAGUUAUGAGAAAGUCAGCCUAGUCGAGCAGGCUCGCUGGGAAAGACCGUAGGCGCUACUAGAGUAAGCCGAAGGGGUGGGUGGGAGGGCGCAACUCCAACUGAAGUUAGUCUAAAUGACAAGUGAAAAAAAUUAACCCAUGCUUGUAUAUUUACGCGAAGUAAAAUGAAUAUUGAUAAGGUAUAAGAAGUGCACCUUACGAUGUAUAAAAUCGUCGAAUUUGAGAACCCCCGUUGCCGUCCGUCCACACGAAAACGGUGAUCCCGCGUUUUGAAAGAUCGCCACACUAGGGAUUGUUUUAUUAAAAAAAAAACCUGUGUUUGUGAUGCCCAAAAAAGGCCUUUUACAUGUACACAAAAGGCUAAAACAGGGCUCGAAAAAAUCCCGUCCGGUGGUCUAGGACAAGUGGCUUACUUGCCCAAUGAGCAAGGCUCUGAGCAAGUAACCUCUAACAAAGUCAUUAACUAAGACGAGCAAGAAGUGGCCCCCGGCAAGCAAGAUGGAAGAGCUGCAUGGCCGAAGGACAAGCUGCAAUUCAAGUUUUUUUCACAAGCGAAGGUUUCGGAGUCAGAGUCGUAAGCGGAGUCGUAAGAGAGCUUAUGACCUAGUGAAAAAUCAAAAAUCGGAGUCGUAAGCGGAGUCAUUAGAGCGACGGAAUCGGAGUCAUAACAGUCAAAACAUUUCCAUUUCUUCCGACUCCGCUUACGACUCGGUCGCUUACGUUCCGCUUAUAAUUUAGUGAAAACCAGAUUGUCGGAGUGGGAAGCAGGAGCGGAAGGAUAAACCAAUUACAGUGCACGUUCCCACGCUCUGUGAUUGGUUUAGUUCUUCCGCUUCAGCUUGCGACUCCGACGACCCAGUUUUCACUUGAUCGUAAACGGCGGAGUCGUAAACGGAAUAAGAAGAAUGAGAAUGCUGUUUUCACUAGAUCGUAAAGUUUUACGCUUUCGAUUACGACUCCAACCCCGAUUCCGUCGCUAGUAAAAACCAGCCUUAAAACGGGGAAAAAAAAUCUCCGUUUUCAAAAAUAUCUGGAUUCUUGUGAACGGGGCCUAAUUCUUCCUUUUUUUAUUUCUUUAGGGAGUUGUAUGCGCGUGAGGAGUCAAAGAAUUUAGCUAUAAAAACAUUCGAAGAACAUCGAGAUUUCUACCACCCUAUUGCCGCAACACAAGUAGCAAAGGACCUCAACCUGGAAUAAACGGAUGAAUAGUGAAAAGAAAGAGCGAGAUAAACGAAUGGGAAAUGGACGACCAGACUAUUUAUUUGAUUGACGUAGACGCGGACCGCGAAUAAUUAUAAGCCCUAUUGAAUGCUAGAAAAAAUAGAAAUCAUGAUCUGAAAUUACAAGAUGCUUCUUAUGGAGAGAUUCUAAAAACAUACGAGUUUAAACUAAACAUAAAAAGAAAGACUGGAGUAAAAUAGUUAUUGAUGGCCCACUUGUUUGUUUUAGUAAACCAAGAAACAAGGAUAUUGCCGCGCGUUUUACGGAAUAUUUGCGACAAGGAUGAUUCGUACAGAGAGCUUUUAUGAGUCUUUAUGAGUAUUAUUGUAUUAUGAUAAUGUCGCGCUCGGCGUCCCGUUCUUGGCCUCCAAAACGCUCGAACCAGUACCCCUGUUUAGUCCAUGACUCAUCUAUUGGAGGUGACGAGAGAAUAAAUCCCCGUAAAAAAUUAAUAAGUUUUAAAAAUACUGCUUGUCUCUUUAUCCCACUUUUCUACGUCCUUUUCCUGUGUUUCUAGCUUUCAGUCCCCCUUACGUCCUUAAAGGAGCUGUGUCACGAAUUGUAUCGAAGUACUAACAGUACAACUGCCACGAGACUAAGUGAAACUUUAAAAUAAACGCUCAAGAACACUUG